AUGGGGGAUUGGAGCUCGUUAGGGAAGUUGUUGGAGAGCGCUCAGGAGCACUCCACUGUGGUGGGGAAGGUGUGGCUCUCUGUGCUCUUCAUCUUCAGGAUCCUGGUUCUGGGAGCAGCAGCGGAGAAGGUGUGGGGCGACGAGCAGUCGGGUUUCACCUGCGACACCAAGCAGCCCGGUUGUCAGAACGUCUGCUACGACCGCACCUUCCCCAUCUCACACAUUCGUUUCUGGGUCAUGCAGAUCAUCUUCGUGUCUGUACCCACGCUUAUAUACCUGGGACACAUCCUGCACCUGCUGCGUAUGGAGGAUAAGAAUAAGCGCCUGGAGCAGGACGGAGCUGGGAAAGUGGGGAAGGUCACAGCAACGAUUCGGGAUGAACAGGGGAAGAUUCGUCUGCAGGGGGCGCUGCUUCGUACAUAUGUGCUCAAUGUCAUUUUCAAAACGCUACUGGAGGUGGGCUUCCUGGUGGCGCAGUACUUCCUGUACGGCUUUGAGCUUAAGCCCAUGUACACGUGCAGCAACUGGCCGUGUCCCAACACCGUAAACUGCUACAUCUCGCGCCCUACAGAGAAAACCAUCUUCAUCCUGUUCAUGCUAGCUGUAGCGUGUGUGUCACUUCUCCUAAAUUUAGUGGAGAUGUACCACCUUGGCUUCACCAAGUGUCGCCAGGGUGUCCGCUAUCGCCAUUCGCUCUCUGACUCUAACUCCAAUACGCCUAGCGAGGAAGCUGUCAUUCCGUUUGUUGCCAGUUACCCCUAUUUCCCCGCCCACGCCCCGCCCCCUGAGCAUCAAUAUAAACUUCCAGACACUGACGGCUCGUUUCCCGCGUACGGCAGUCGCUCUGCCCACAAACAGAAUAACGAUAAUCUUGCCGUGGAGCGCAACACCACGGAGACCAAACCUGACCCUGUGGAAACCAAACCUGAUGAAACCAGGGUGAAGAAAACCUCAAGCUCCGCCCCCGGAUCGCCAUAUUACCAGCGCAGGCCGAGCUAUGCUAGUCGCUAUAGCAACAACAAGAGCAGACUGGAUGAUCUGAAGAUUUGAGAAACAGAAAAAAUAAUACUACAACUACCGAUACUAGACACACACUCUCUCGCUCUCCUACUGUAUCUGAUGAAUACCAGUGUUUCCUAUCAACAUACGGAAAACUGUUAGCAUUAGCCACUACAGAUAACAUACCAGCUUUUGCCUUACUGCUAAAUUUGACUCGUGGCUAAUGUUGAAGAACUAGCUUGACUACUAGCUGACUAGCUGUUGUGUGUGAGCUUGUCGUAGAUGAGUGUGAUUAUUUCUUAUGGGUGAAAUGACAGCAGUAAAAGUGGUGGGAACUCAGAAGUGUAAGUCUCAUGAUGAAAGUGUGGGAGUUUUCUUCCCUGUAACGGUGAGAAGAUCACAGAAAGAGAGACACGCUGUUCUUCUGAUGUUCCUCUAAUUGAACUGGGGCCACAGCGUUUACUAGUGCGCUAACGUUUACCUUACCAUUAGUGUCGAAACUGUAGCCUAUUUCACUGUUUACUAGCAUCUGACACACUGUUAAUGUAUUAGCAUUAGCCUUGGUUUUUGUUUAACAACAUCUGUGAUACUGCUAAUGUGCCAACAUUCAGCAUCUGCAUUGGCCUUCUUCACCUGUGCCAGGAUUUGACACAAUGCAAAUGUAUUAGCACUAGCAUUUGCACUACUUUACCUGAAUGUACCACACUGCUAUAUGCUUUCAUUAGCAUUACACAUAGCAUACUAGUGUUGGACUUACUGCUAGUGUACAAGCACUCUUUAUCCUGCUAUUUUUUUAAAAUACUGUUAUGACAAUGCCUUAGCGUUUCUCACAGUUUACUAAAGGUUACCAUGCUGCUAAUGUGCCAACUAACUUGCUGCUAGUUUAACAGAAAUAUUUUUUAUAUUGCUAAUAUACUGGUAGCCUUUUACCAAGUAUACCAGAAUUGAUCAUACAAAUAAUUUACUAGCAUAAUUUUUAAACUUUAUAAGCACCAAAAUGAGAACUUUUCCCGGUUUAGCUGUAUUAGCUGUAAUGGUAAUGGGACAUGAAGAGUAAUGCCAAAGUGCUAUUCAUUACUUGUUGAGUGGUUUAUUUUUGGUGGUUGUAUUUAAACUGAAUUUUAAUUAAUUGCCAAAUAUUACUGUUCUGUUACUAUGUUUGUACUGUAUUCUCAUUUUCCUGUGUUGUAACCUCAUUAAUAAAAUAUAAGUAUCUGUUCAUUGACCAAUCCCCAUCUCUCUCUCUCUCAC